AUGGCCGUCACCUCCGUCAUGUCCUCGCCCGCAGUCCCGCCCACUUCAGCCACGCCGCCUCCCAUUGGACACGGGCUCAGCGUCUCGGCCCCUCAUUGGCUGCGCUGCUUGUCAGUCCCCGCGCUUGUCACUGACGUCGGCGCUACACUGUGUUCGCUGUGUGAUCGCCUGGGUGGACAUCGUGGCAAGGCUAUUUUCGGCUUUUAUCAGCAAUAUCCCAGGGAGUCGGACCCGCUCCUGACCACAGCAGCUGCAGGAAGCCUGGUGGACUCGGCCCCUCUCAAAACUUCCUCCGCUCAAGCCUCGCCGAACAAGAAAUGUGUGUGUGUCCUGGAACGCACCACUGUCUGA